AUGGCCGACCAGCGUCAAGAUGAUAGCCAAGCUGCUCAGCUGCAUCAGCAAGAGGAAGCUGCUGCGUCGUUGUCGACCGCUUCGACGUCGAGGACGCCCUUCCAGUUUGCACCCGUACCGGCAAGGUUCCGGCGCCAUCUCGAGGUCUCUGUGCCGCCGCCGCCACCCGCAAGAAGACCGACGUACAGAUCCAGCCGGCGCAGCUCGUUUACAGGCUCGGCGUCGAGCGAUGGCGAAGAGGACGACGACUUUGACGAGGGACGCCUCAACAGGUUCCGCUUCUCCAGAGGAUACUCGUCGGGCUGGCCCGCGAAUCCAGCCGGUACCGUGCCUUCCACGCCAACCACACCCAUGACUCCUCUCACCCCCAUGACGCCGGGCAUGCAUCGACAGGGUUCGACCUACGGCAGCGAAAAACGCAAGUCGGGAUUGUCCGGCCAGCCCUUUGUGUUGAGCCAGCAAGAAGCAGUCGUCGCUACAGCCGCCGUCGAGGUCGAGACCGAGGUCGAGCUGGCAGAGGAAGAAACUGAAACUCCUGCGCAGUCGCAAGUCGAAGCACAGGAAGAAGAAGGCUCGCAAGAAGAGCGUGUCGAACGGCCAUCAACAGACUCGAGCCGGCGUUCGUCCAUACCGGAGAGCCUCUCCAGCGACUCGGAACCGACGCACAGCGAUUUGCAGUCCAUACACACGGAGCCCGAAUCAGAGGCUUCACAUACCCGUCUGCGCGUUCGGACAACGGAGCCUUCGGGACCAACGACGACCGAGGCAGACCCCUUUGCCGACUCGAACGAAGCGCCCACCGACCCCUUUGCCUCGCCGCAAGACAUCCAGCCGGUCAACGAUCUCGACAAGGAUCGAGAUGCGGAGAAGAUCGGCAUGGCGUCGCAAGGCGGCAAGAUGGCUUUUGACCAAGACAAGUUCCCCGACUAUGCUCCACUCGUCCAGUCGCGUGUGACAGCCGGUCGGUAUGGUCUCAUGAUGGCCAUUGGCGCGCUCAACAUGGGUCUCGUCAUUCUCUUCCUCUUCCUCGCACCGGCCGGUGCCUCGCUUGUGGUCAUGGUGGCGCUCAAGUCUCGCGACAUCCUCUCGGUGGUGUGGCAGAGUCUUUUGUUCCUGCUCAGUGUCGCUGCGAUGCCGUUUCGCAAGAAGAAGCCCGAGGUGAUCCAUCCGCCACGCAAGAUCGUCAGCCUCGUGCCCGUGUACAAAGAAUCGACGCAAGAUGUGCUCGACACGGUGGAUUCCAUCAUCCAAGACAACCCCGUGCGCCCACAGGAUUUCAACAUCAUCGCCAUCAUGGCGGAUGGGUUUGACGUGGAAGACGACGUGAUCGUGCAAGAGACCAUCUGCCGUGUGGAGGACUCGCCGUACUUUUCGUGGAAGAUCCGCGAGUCGGCGUUCCGGCUGCAGUUUGGGUACCGCAUGAAUCAUCCGAUCAUGAUCGUGCGCAAGGUCAAGAAUGCCGGCAAGAAGGAUUCGCUCAUCUUUGCGUUCGACCUGUUCAACAGCGAUAACGAGGCGACGGGACACUGCAAUGCCGAGGCGCGCGCCAUGGUGCUCGACCACAUUCGGCGGUUGUACAACCAGCCGGAUCUCGAGUACUUUGACUUUGUCUUUUGCACCGACGCCGACACCAAGAUCCUGGCCGGGUCGGUCAAUGUGCUGGCGGACCGACUCAUGGACGAGGGAGAAAAGACGGUGGGGGCAUGUGGGAUUGUCGAGGCGGAUUUUCACAAGCCCGGUCGAAGUCUGCGCACAUGCGGGCUGUGGUACUACUGGGACCACUUUCAGGGGUUCCAGUACACGUACGGGCAGUGGAUCCGACGCAGGUCCGAGUCGUCCUGGGGAAGGGUGACUUGCAUGCCAGGGGCGAUUACAAUGCUGAGGACGGGGAGCAUCUUGGGUCAGGCUUCGGCCGAGUAUCGCAAGCACGUACAGAACGGCAACUUGGUCAAUCGCCAGGUGCAAUACCAGGGGACCGAUCGACGAUUGUGCUGGUCCAUCAUCUCGCGCGACAAGUCGGUGCGCACCGUGCUCGAGACGCGAGCCGCAUGCUUCACCAUCCCGCCGCAGUCGCUCAGCCACUACCUCAGCCAACGAAGGCGGUGGGGCUCCAACGCCUACUUCAACGCAUUCGUCACUCUGACGCAGCAAAACCAACACUUUGUCACGCGCGUAUGGAUGGCUCUCGAGCUUACCCGCUCCACGCUGGUCUUCUUCCGCAUGUAUAACUUUGGCCACUUUGUCUUCAAUCUCGUCACCCGCUUCAGCCUCAUUGGCGUAGCACCGCUACUGGCCAUUACGCUGCUUCCACAAAUCUGGUUCUUGCUCUUCGUCGUCAUCCCCACACCCAGGUACAGGCCGCUGCUUCACCAUCUGCUGUACGGAGCCGUGCUCAACAGGCUCUGCAGUAUCGUCCUGACGCCCACGGUGUAUGCCAACGUGCUGCUCGGAUUCGGCGAUUUCAGGUGGGGCAAGUCGCAUACGGGCGCAAACGCGGCCAACAAGACUCCAGACGCAGCCGACGCAAUGGAGCGCGGAGAGUCUCGACCCUGCACCCCGCCCAAGGAUCAGACCGAAGUCAUGUAG